AUGAUUGCCGAGCUCGCUGCUGGCCCCAAGACAAGCGGCAUGCGUAAGCGUCGGUGCGGUGCUAAGCUCCUGGUCACAGGCAACGUGGUGGUGCCGAACGAGAGCGAAGAGCAAAAACUGCUGCGGGCGAAGGGAUACCCGUAUGCGCGUCCCGAAACGUCGUUCCUUUUCGUGCGUGGCGAAGUGCUGGAGUUCGACAACGACCAAUGGCAAGGGCUGAAUCACCUGCCCGAUAUUGUGGGGCGCUGCGGCUCCCUCGCCUCCCAGUUCUCCGCUGAGCGGGGUGUGGACCUCGUGGGCUUGUCCCGUGAGGAGCUCUUCUGGCCGGUGCUGGCCAUUGGCAGCAAUGCGGGCCCCGAGCAGUUGCGAAGGAAGUACCCGCCGCAGGACUUCCCCGACUGCGUCAUACCGGUGGGUGGGUGGUCGGGUAAGGUGAUCCAAGUCGCCCUUGAAGACUUUGACGUCGUCUACACGCCGUACAUUGCCACCUACGGCUCCUGUACGGCGACCCUGGAGCACUCACCCGGCACCGUCACGUCCAUCUUCAUCACCUAUCUGACCGGGCCUCUGAUGCAGCGCAUGCACGCAACGGAGGGCGGCUACAACCUGUGCCGCCUGUCAGGGUUGCGGCUGCAUGUGGCUCCGAGGCCUGGUCCUGCGCCUGUAUACACGCCCGACAAGGGAGACAGCGGCGGUCUGUAUGGAGGAAAGGCAAGGGCCAACUCGGUUGCAGUGGAAACGGUGGACAAGCAGGUGGCGGCUCUCAGCAGCUUUGAGGUCCGCGAUUGGGUGUACCAAUACAACCACAAGCAGGGCUGCAUUAAGCUGCCGCUGGAGGGACUGGCAGGCAGCCCGGUCGCUAUUGCAGCUAUUCCGGCGAAACAGCGGAUAUUUCCGGCUGCGAACCAAGUGGAAAUGUUGUCUGCACUCAAAGCCCUCCUGGGACCAACCGAUGCGGGUUCCUUAGCAUCUGGUGAUGUAGUGACGUUGGUGUGUAUUUGA